GGAGAAAUUAUUAAGAAAAAAUCCUUCUACAAUAAAAUUAAUAAGAUACAUCCCUUGACCUCACACCGAAAAAUCAUGUUAUGACAUGGAAAAACUGCGUGAUAUACAAUUUACCCCUUGUAUAAAAAAAAUACUUGCACAGUAUAGUUCAACAUCAAUAUUAGGAUUCCUGUUUUUUUUUUAAAAAAAAUUUAUUUUUUAUUAUUAUUUUAAAAAUGGUCCAAUCUUAGAAAUACUAGAAUACAAAAAAAAUAGUAAAUUCAAAAGGUAGAGCACAAAUACUACCCCCGUUAUAUAUAAAGACCGUGCCAGCCUUUCCCCCCUAACUCCAAACAAGAAACAGCCUCUUCUCUCAUUUUCUCUCUCACAUAUUCUCUUUCUUUCUCUCUCUCUCUUAAUUUUUCUCUCUCCUAAAAAUAUUCUGUUCCCAAAAAUGUGCAAGCAGGCAGGCUCAGAUGAUGGAUUUAUCUCCAGCAAAUGCAACUCAAACCAAUCACCAACAAAUUACCCAAUUACAAUAUCAACCAAUGAUGACCCUAUGGCCAGCUUGCAUGCCCCAUUGCUACCCAAUUCUCCAACACCCAAAAUAUCCUCCCUUUUACAUUCACCACAAGAUCAUCAUACUACUACACUACUUAUCUAUAACCACCCAACUUCUCCUCCUCCUCCUCCUCUUACUACUACGAAUAAUGAUAGUUAUAAUGAUACGGAUAUUGAUCAUAAGUCGCGUAUCAGCUCAAUUUCAAGUUCGGGUUGUGUUUCCUCCUUACGCGAGGCUAAGUUACUAGGUGAUGUCGCGUUACCAAUGAUACUUACCGGUUUGUUACUAUACUCACGCUCAAUGAUAUCAAUGUUGUUUCUAGGCCGACUAGGCGAGCUUGCCUUGGCAGGCGGCUCGCUAGCGAUAGGGUUUGCUAAUAUUACUGGCUACUCUGUUUUAUCCGGGUUGGCUAUGGGUAUGGAACCAAUAUGUGGUCAGGCAUUUGGUGCUAAAAAACAUUCUCUCCUUGGCCUUACUCUUCAAAGGACUAUUAUCCUUUUACUACUUAUCUCUCUCCCUAUCUCCUUCUUGUGGCUCAACAUGGAGAAACUUCUCUUCUUAUGCCGCCAAGACCAAGGAAUCGCGGUCCAAGCCCAAGCAUACUUAAUCUACACCUUACCUGACCUUUUGGCUCAGUCCAUUCUACACCCGCUAAGAAUCUACCUUAGGACUCAGUCCAUCACCUUACCUCUCACCUUCACCGCGGCCUUAGCCAUCGCGCUACAUCUUCCUCUUAACUGGCUCUUGGUGGUCAAGCUUAAGCUAGGGAUCAAAGGGGUGGCUUUGGCUGGCGUCUUGACUAACUAUAAUAUGAUACUUUUUCUAAUGAUGUAUGUUUUCUUUUCGAAAUCUUGUAAGAAAGGUUGGGCUCCUAUUAGUAAGGAGUGUUUAAAAGGGUACACAAGGCUACUUCAGCUGGCUAUCCCUAGCUGCAUUUCCGUCUGCCUCGAGUGGUGGUGGUACGAGAUCAUGAUCCUCCUCUGCGGCCUCCUUGUCAACCCUAAGGCCACCGUCGCGUCGAUGGGGAUCCUCAUCCAAACCACCUCCCUCAUCUACAUCUUCCCUUCCUCCUUGAGCGUCAGUGUCUCCACCCGGGUCGGCAACGAGCUUGGUGCGGGCCGGCCCAUGCGGGCCAAACGGGCCGCCGUAACGGGCCUGUUCUUCAGCUUCAUACUUGGGUUUUCAGCCCUUUUCUUCACCUUCAUGGUGAGGGAGAAAUGGGGCGGGAUGUUCACCAAAGACGGAGACAUUAUCAAGCUAACCUCAUUGGUUUUGCCAAUAAUUGGGCUUUGUGAGCUCGGAAACUGCCCGCAGACAACGGGCUGCGGGGUUUUACGUGGGACGGCCCGGCCCAAAGUUGGUGCCAAUAUUAACUUAGGAUGCUUUUACUUGGUGGGUAUGCCGGUGGCGGUAUGGCUCGGGUUCUUCGCCGGGUUCGACUUCGAAGGGAUGUGGCUCGGGUUAUUAGCUGCCCAAGGGUCUUGUGUGAUCACAAUGAUGUUGGUAUUGAGUAGAACAGAUUGGGAAAAUGAGGCUCAAAGAGCUAAGGAUCUUACUGAUCAUGCUUCUCCUCCUCUUCUUGUUCAAGAAGAAGAUAAACAUACUCAUAAAUACGAUCAAGAUCAAUCUUUACUUGUUUAAUUAAUUAAUUUUUUUUAAUUUUAGUUUGGCGGGUGAAAUUUUGUGUAAUUAAUUAACAGGGGAAAUAGGUUCUAUUUUUUUCAUGUGUUAUUGAAAAGAUGAAUGAGGAAAUAGUAAAUUUGAAAAAAAGGCAACUUUUUUUGGUGAGUUGGAGGGAAAGUAGUAAAUUUGGAAAAGUAUAUUCUUUGGAAAAAAUAUUAACUAUAAAUCAAAAGUUUACUGAAAGUUAUUAUAAUCAUUCUUUUUUGAGUGAAAACAGAACAAACAGGGGGCUGAAAUUCGACUGGAUUAUUCCUGAAUUUGAUUGUUCCUAGUACCAAAAUUAAAACAUGAUACUUGCCGCAGCAAUUUU